AUGGAGGAACACACAGAGGCAGGCUCAGCACCAGGGCUGGGGGAACAGAGGGCGCUAAUUGACAACCCUGCCGACAUCCUGGUCAUUGCGGCUUAUUUCCUGCUGGUCAUUGGUGUCGGCUUGUGGUCCAUGUGCAGAACCAACAGAGGCACCGUUGGCGGCUACUUCCUGGCAGGACGAAGCAUGGCGUGGUGGCCGGUCGGGGCCUCUCUCUUCGCCAGCAACAUCGGCAGUGGCCAUUUCGUGGGCCUGGCAGGGACGGGCGCGGCAAGUGGCCUGGCUGUGGCUGGAUUUGAGUGGAAUGCGCUGUUCGUGGUGCUGCUACUUGGCUGGCUCUUCGUGCCCGUGUACCUGACCGCGGGCGUCAUUACGAUGCCGCAGUACCUACGCAAGCGCUUUGGCGGCCGUCGAAUCCGCCUCUACUUGUCCGUGCUCUCGCUUUUUCUGUACAUCUUCACCAAGAUUUCGGUGGAUAUGUUCUCCGGGGCAGUAUUCAUUCAACAGGCUCUGGGCUGGAAUAUCUAUGCCUCCGUCAUCGCGCUUCUGGUCAUCACCAUGAUCUACACUGUGACAGGAGGGCUGGCAGCGCUGAUGUACACGGAUACGGUGCAGACCUUCGUCAUUCUCGCGGGGGCCUUCGUACUCAUGGGUUACGCCUUCCACGAGGUGGGCGGGUAUUCGGGGCUUUUCGACAAAUACCUGGGGGCAAUGACGUCCCUGACGGUGUCCGAGGAUCCGGCGGUGGGCAACAUCUCCAGCUCCUGCUAUCUACCCCGGCCCGACUCCUACCAUCUGCUCCGGGACCCUGUGACGGGGGACCUGCCGUGGCCUGCGCUGCUUCUGGGGCUUACCAUUGUCUCAAGCUGGUACUGGUGCAGCGACCAGGUCAUAGUGCAGCGCUGUCUGGCUGGGAAAAACCUGACCCACAUCAAGGCGGGCUGCAUCCUGUGCGGCUACUUGAAGCUGAUGCCCAUGUUCCUCAUGGUCAUGCCGGGCAUGAUCAGCCGCAUUCUUUACCCGGACGAGGUGGCGUGCGUGGUGCCAGAGGUGUGUAAGCGCGUGUGUGGCACCGAGGUGGGGUGCUCCAACAUCGCCUACCCGCGGCUCGUCGUGAAGCUCAUGCCCAACGGUCUGCGCGGACUCAUGCUGGCGGUCAUGCUGGCCGCGCUCAUGUCCUCGCUGGCCUCGAUCUUUAACAGCAGCAGCACGCUUUUCACCAUGGACAUCUACACGCGCCUGCGGCCCCGCGCGGGCGACCGCGAGUUGCUGCUAGUAGGACGGCUCUGGGUGGUGUUCAUCGUGGCCGUGUCGGUGGCCUGGCUUCCCGUGGUACAGGCGGCGCAGGGCGGGCAGCUCUUUGAUUACAUCCAGUCGGUCUCCAGCUACCUGGCGCCGCCGGUGUCGGCCGUCUUCGUGCUGGCGCUCUUCGUGCCCCGCGUCAAUGAGAAGGGCGCCUUCUGGGGACUGAUCGGGGGCCUGCUGAUGGGUCUGGCACGCCUGGUUCCCGAGUUCUCCUUUGGCUCGGGCAGCUGCGUGCGCCCCUCGGCGUGCCCCGCACUCCUCUGCCGCGUGCACUACCUCUACUUCGCCAUCGUGCUUUUCGUCUGCUCCGGCCUCCUCACCCUCGUGGUCUCGCUGUGCACACCGCCCAUCCCGCGCAAGCACCUCCACCGCCUGGUUUUCAGUCUCCGGUACAGCAAGGAGGAGCGCGAGGACCUGGAUGCUGAGGAGCUAGAAGGUCCAACCUCAGCCCCUGUACAGAACGGGCGCCCUGAGCACGCGGUGGAGAUGGAGGAGCCCCCGUCCCCAGCACCAGGCCUGUUCCGCCAGUGCCUGCUCUGGUUCUGUGGAAUGAGCAGGGCUGGGGCAGGCAGUCCCCCACGCCCUACCCAGGAGGAGAUGGCUGCCGCAGCCAGGCGACUGGAGGACAUCAGUGAGGACCCAAGCUGGGCCCGAGUCGUCAACCUCAAUGCCCUGCUCAUGAUGGCCGUGGCCACGUUCCUCUGGGGCUUUUAUGCCUGA